UCUUUACCUUAGAUAAAGUAGUCAAAAUGUGAUGGAAAUCUGUUUUUAGGACAUCUUUGUUUAUAUAGUCAUUUUUACAUGUAUAGGUCAUCGAUGCCUACUUAAGUGGUUUGGCAGAGCGUAGAAAUGGUGGAGAUGUCCUUGCAGCUGAAUGCUACAUUUCACAGCUCGUGCAUCGUAAUUCUAGCACACGACGUACUUGGUCGGACAAGAAUUUUUCCCUAAGCAGGAUGAUUCUUUUCCCAAUCAACUUGAAUGGAAAUCACUGGACCCUAUUGGUUUUUGACAAAGUUGGUAAAAGAAAAAUUUACGUUGAUCCACUCAAAACUGGAAAGCCCUCUGGCUUAAUGGGUCAUAUUAAAAAACUGAGCGAAUUGGUUGAUGUCAAGACUGGAUGGAAGACAAAGAGGUGGCCAUGCCUCCAUCCCCAACAUUGCAUGCAGCAUGAUAGCCAUAACUGUGGAGUAUAUGUUUGUUUUUUUGCACGCUGUUUGGUUGAAGGUUUGGACCUGACGGAACAAAUAGACCCAGAAAAAGAGAGAAAAAACAUACUCUCUUCUAUUUGUGGUUCCUGUUAUGAUGAUGUAGGCAGUGCUGUUGAGAGAAAUACGGGCGUUUGCAAAAUUUGCAGGAAGGAUGAUGGAGAAGACUGGCUUGGGUGUGACCGUUGUUACCAAUUUUCCAUGCCAGUUGCAGAGGUGUGGACUUCGCAACUGCACUUACAGGAAAAUUUUAUUGCUGAUGUUGCAAGGUGCAUAUGUAAAUAAGAUGUAAAUUUUGUAAAUUUCAAUGAUGUAAAUAAGUUGUAAAUAAUGAUGUAAAUGAGGUAAAACUGUACAAAUUAUCUUGUCAGAAAUUAAAUGAAGCAAUGUACCUUUAUAGUACCCAGUAUUUCAUGAAAUAACCACCCUAUUAACCAACUAUUUCAUUACCCAACUGACUCUAGUACCCAGUAAUUUAUGAUCUAACCACCCUAUGAAAACU